AUGAUUAAACACCCGGAGACAGAUUAUAUUGAUCCCGUGGAUAUAGAGUUGAAAGAGCAUCCACUACAUUGUUUCCAUGUUGAAGCAAAACAAGACGAUUUUCCUUGGUAUUUUGAUAUAAAGAAGUAUUUGGUGUCUAGAACUUAUCCCAAAGAUGCUAUCUCAAACAAAAAGAAGUCGAUACGCUGUAUGGAUCUCAAUUUCUUUUUAAGUGAAGAAGUCCUUUAUAGGAAAACUCCAUAUUUGGGUCUUAUGAGAUGCGUUGAUGUUGUUGAAGGUGCAAAGCUUAUUGAAAAGCACCUCAAGCUGCAGGAGCCAUGGCAACGCGGUCAGGUCAUCUUCCCUCGAGCUCCAGGAUCGUGGUUGGCGUUCUCAGGGCGUCACACCUUAAGUUUUGGAGGGUUGGGGGGCACUCACAAGACAUCGUCCCUCAUGCUCCGGGAACCUGGUUGGCAUGCUUAG